UAAUAAUAAUAAUAAUAAUAAUAAUAAUAAUAAUAAUGUCUUUCCUAAGAUUGGGAAACGUUGUUGUUUUGAAAUGAAUUUUGCAUCGAAUCUAUACAUUGAAAUUACGAGUUAAGACUUCUUAGUUGAAAUAAGGGAAAGUAAAUGGAAACGCAGAUAAGGCAUGUGUACCGCAUCAAUUUAUUAUUGUUAACGAAAAAUAAAGCAUUCUGUGAUGAUGAUUUCACGUGCUCGUUCGAGUGAUUUUCACGCAACGAUGUACAACUGUAAAAUAAGAAACCUUAUUUGCAGAAACCCAUCAUUUACUUUGCAUCCUGUAUAGAGAGAUAUAUAUAUAUAUAAAACGUUUUCUUUUAUUCGAAAAUAUAUGUGACCUGCAGGGCCUGCAUGCCCGGGCUACGGUUUGGGCAGUUAAAGGGUUGUUAGUAGAUGGUAAGAGGUCAUACAUUGUACCAUGUGGCAUCUUAACGACGGAGGUGCGUAAACAUUUCGGCGCAUUUAUUUAUUCGCAUUAAAAAUCGUUUCGCUUAAGAUGGAAUUGCUUUGGUUAGCUGAAAAUUAUUUUGAUAUCGGCUAUCAGCAAAACGUAAACAUAGAAGAACCUCCUCGAAAGUGGUUCGAGGAUAAUCGAAUCUAACGGGAACACAAGAAAAAUAUGAUCUUUUUACGCAUCCCCGUGAAUAUACUUUAAACAUUCUAAUUGCAUCUUAUUCAAUUACAUCGCAAGUAAGUAAACAGAGAAACGUCGUUAAUAAUGAUGACUUUUAUGUCAUGAACUCAUAAUCAUAGCAGCGAGGAGACUGUUUUCGACGAAUCUAGCGACAGCUUGAUCGACACAGUGCUUCAAACUCCCAGAUACGAACAGUGGAUGAUUUAUGGCAGUUCGAACGACGAAUUUUGUUUCGAGCAAAGCUCGGAUAUCGCGGAAGGCACUAGUUCCGACAUGGAAGUUAGAUCGGAUAGCGGACCGAAAAGACAAAGACACGGAAAUCGGCUGCUUCGUCUUUACGAGAAGGAGGAGAGAACGGAGGAAGAGGUCGAGUGCGACAGUAUAUCAAACAGGUACGCAUCUUGUAAUUAUCGGACUAAGAAUAAACAAAAAUCUCAAGAAGCGCUCGUCGACGUGAGAAUGAUCGACUUUGCUCAUACAACUUUUGUUCACGGCUCGGCGACCGUGGCUUGCAAUUCGAAUUCAACAGUGCAUCAAGGUCCGGACUGCAAUUUCUUAACCGGUCUCGAUAGUUUAAAACGUCUCCUUCUUGAAAUUUUGACCGAGGGCUGAAGAGAAAAGUCAGAGGCGCACGCCCCCACCCCCUCUAUGUACACGUAUUUAAAUGACGGGACACGUUGAAUAUUUUCUUGAUAAUAGAGCAACAGACAAAAGUAAAAAACAAACCGCCACCAAUCGUAUCGACAAGUGGGUCAAGUGUUUCGUUCGUGCGAAGGACACUAACAACGAAAUUCUGAUCCCGAAAUGCAAUUGGUUCUCGUGAAACCGAUCUGUAUAUAUUUUCACUGUAGAAUUUUAUGUUGCGACCGUAUUAUAAGUAUGCGAGAGAUGUAUAUGUAUAGAAAACCGUAUUAUCAUGACGUGUACAUUUCGUGCAUGAAUCGUGUCUUCAAGAGUAUUGUAUGAGAUUCCUAAUACAAAAAAGGAAAAUAUAGAACGAAUCUUAAAUAAA